AUGACCUUGCCCAUGAAGCUACUACUGCUCGUCGCGGCCAUGGCCUCGAUGGCGUCGGCCGAGUGCCCCGGCGGCUGCUCCGGCAACGGCGUCUGCGGCCCGCGCGACAUGUGCACGUGCUUCAAGAACUUUAUGGGCAACGACUGCGCGCAGCGCAUCUGCCCGUUUGGCUUCGCCCACGUCGACACGCCCAAAGGCGACAUCAACAUGGACCGCGUCAUGAAUUCGCCUGGCACGAUCCUCUUGAACUCGCAAAUGUACCCUGGCGGCACGUACGAGUGGACCAAGGCCACGGCCGCCAUCGACGAAGCCCACUUUUACAUGGAGUGCUCCAACGAAGGCAUUUGCGACCGCGUGACCGGCCUCUGCAUCUGCUACCCAGGCUACGAGGGCUCGGCGUGCCAGCGCGCCAAGUGUCCCAACGCCUGCAACAACCGCGGCGUGUGCAAGUCCAUGGCGCAGGUCGCAGCCAACGGCGACCGGUCGCUCAGCAUCACGGGCAACCCCAAAGACAACGUCAAGACAGCGUACACGUUGUGGGACGCCGACGCGGGCUUCCAGUGCGUGUGCGACCCGGGGUUUGAAGGACCGGACUGCAGCAAGCGCAGCUGCAAGGUGGGUGUGGACCCGUUGUAUGAAGCCGCGGGCUACCCGAUCUACGAGACCUUCAACAUCAUUGCGAUGGCCACGCUGGCAGCAGCUGAUCCCGAUGCGCUCGACGCGACCAAGUCGUGGAUCCAGCUGCGCGUGUUCGACCAUGAGGGCGAGUCGUACUUGACACGUCGGAUCUUGAUCAAAGACGGUUCGGUGGUCGCCAACGACGCCGGUCCUGUCUUCAGCGCGGUGUUCCACGCACUGCCCAACAAGGUCUUUUCUAGCAUUGCGUGCCACCGCGCCAACGAACCUGGCUAUCAAAAUGUGAUUCCCGCACUCACAUUGGGUGGCAUCCACGAGCUCGGUAACUUUGUCGCGUGCCAGUACACCACCAACCCAGGCCCGGUGCGGCUGCCCGAGGUCGUCGCAACGCAGUGUUUGCAGACGACCCCCCGCCAUCUUGACCACGGGG